AUGACAUCCCCCCCAGGCCGCCUGCAGGGCCGUGUGGCCAUUGUCACCGGCUCCAGCUCCGGGCUUGGACAGGCCAUCUGCCUCGCCCUCGCCGCGGAAGGCGCUUCAAUCUUCUGCAUUGACCUAUACCCAACCCCGCGCAACGCGAUCAAUCCCACCACUCAGCGUGCGGACGACUUCCACAACCGCGUCGCCGACCGGCCCGGGACGCACGAACGCAUCCGCCAGAUGGGGGGCGAGGCCACGUACCAUAAAGCCGACAUCACGCGGGCGCGAGACAUGGAGCUCGCCAUCCGAGCCUGCGUGCAGAGAUACAAGAGGGUGGACAUCAUGGUGAACAACGCGGGUGUCAGCGUCGAGAGCACACAUCUUCGCCCACUGCGGUGUCACGAGACCAGCGAGGAGGACUUUGACAAGACCAUGGCCAUCAACGCAAAAGGCAUGUUCCUGGGCUGCAAGUACGCCCUCAAGCAAAUGCUGGACGGACAAGACCAGGUAUACGCCUCCAGAGGGUGGAUCAUCAACACCGCCUCCGUCCAGGGACUCGUCCCCUUCUACGGUACCCCGUCCUACUGCGCGUCCAGGGGCGCGGCGGUAAUGUUGACCAAGCAGAUUGCACUGGACUAUGCCAAGGACUUGAUCCAUUGCAACGCUCUCUGCCCGGGAUUUCUGGAGACGAGCAUGACGCAGAAUCUACAGGGUCAGCCGCAGGAGUUGCAAGACAUUCAAGGGAAGCAUCCGUUCGGGCAGAAACUGGGCAACGUCGAGGAUGUCGCCAAAGCGGCGGUGUUCUUGGCGAGCGAUGACGCUGGCUGGAUCACGGGCGUCCCCUUACCUGUUGAUGGAGGUUAUUUACUGAGGUGA